AUGACCGAAGAAACCCACAAAGUCAAGUUGUAUGUGUACGAUCUUUCGCACGGCAUGGCCAAGUCCAUGUCUCAGCAGUUUCUCGGCACCCAGGUGGACGGCAUCUGGCACACUUCAAUCGUCAUCGACAACAAGACCGAGUGGUACUACGGAGCCGGAAUCCAGUCCGCUCAACCCGGAAAGACCCACCAUGGCAUUCCAGACAAGGUGGUGGAUCUGGGAGAGACCCAUGUGCCUGAGGAGCUGAUUCAGGAGUACCUCAACGAGAUUCGGGGCGAAUACACCCCCGACAAGUACAACUUGUUUGACCACAACUGCAACCACUUCACACAGGAGCUGUCGCAGUUUCUGACCGGCAAAGACAUCCCGGUCGACAUUUCGUCGCUCAGCCAAAACGUGCUCGCCACUCCCUUUGGCCAGAUGUUGAGACCCAUGUUGGAACAGGGCAUGAGCGGAAUCACCCAGCGUCAAUGA